UUUAGGAGAGAGGCUGAGGAGCUGGGGGAGCCUGCAGGGUGUCCCUCACCCAGGGAAGGAGUGUGGGGCUGUGAGCCUGCAGGUCAUCACUGCUACCCAGCCCCUCCUGGCAUCUCUGUCUGCACAGCAGGGAACGAUGGUGAGGCGCCUGGUUCCCCGUCUGCCUGCCCUCCCUGUCUGCCUCGCCGUGGUCCAGCUGCUCAGCCCCUGCUCAGCUCAGUUUGCUGUGGUUGGACCCCCCGAGCCCAUCCUGGCCAUGGUGGGUGAAGACGCUGAGCUGCCCUGUCACCUGUCCCCGGAGAUGAGCGCUGAGACCAUGGAGCUGAUGUGGGUGCGACCCAGCCCCAGGCAGGUAGUGCACACGUACGCACACGGGCAGGAGGACACGCCGGCAGCAGAGUAUCGAGGGAGAACUUCGAUUUUACGAGAGGACAUCACUGCAGGGAAGGCUGCUCUCCGGAUUCGGGAUAUCAGAGCCUCUGACAGAGGAACCUACCUGUGUUAUUUCCAAGAUGGAGACUUCUCUGAAAAUGCCCUGGUGCAGCUGAAGGUUGCAGCACUGGGCUCUGACCCCCACGUUGAAAUGAAGGGGUACGAGGCUGGAGGGAUCCGUGUGGAGUGCACGUCUGCCGGCUGGUACCCGCAGCCCCAGAUCCAGUGGAGAGACGCCAGGGGACACAGCUUGUCUGCUGAGGUGGCCACAGAGGCUGCAGACCCCCAGGGCCUUUAUACAGCCUCAGCCUCUGUGAUCCUGGAGGACAGCUCUGGGGAGGGGGUCUCCUGUGUCAUCAGAAACCCCCUGCUGGGCCAGGAAAGGUCAUCAGCCAGGGUUUCCAUAGCAGGCCCCUUCUUCCGGAUCACGCAGCCCUGGGUGGUGACCCUGGGCGUGACCCUGCCGGCUCUGUUGGGGCUCCUGGCUGGGGCGGGCUACUUCCUGUGGCGACAGCAGAAGAAGAUCCAGGACCUGUCCCAGGAGAAGGAGAGGGAGCGAGCGGAGAAAGCAGCAGCUCAGGAGGAGAAAGAAGCAGCUAAGAGGGAGAAAGCAGUAGCGCAGGCGGAGAAAGAAGCAGCUCAGGCCAAGGAGCAGCGGGAGCGAGGCGCCAAAGGAUUUUCUUUUCCUGCUUAUUUCCAGAGAAACUUCAGGACAAACUCAGGUGGACAAACAUCCCGUACCUACCACGUGAGGAGCGGUCUCAGGGCCUAUGCAGAGUGUAAGACGGCCCUCUUCCAGCCUGCGGAUGUGUUUCUGGACCCAGACACUGCGCACCCCACCCUCCUGGUUUCUGGGGACAAGAGGAGCCUGCAGCGGGCAGAGGAAUGGCAGGACCUGCCAGAAAACCCGAAGAGAUUUGAAUGGGAGUCCUGUGUGCUGGGCUGUGAGAGCUUCACGUCAGGGAGACACUUCUGGGAGGUGGAGGUGGGGGACAGAGAAGAAUGGCGUGUUGGGAUGUGCAGGGAGAGUGUGAGCAGAAAAGCUAGCGGUGAAAUGGUCCCUGCAAAUGGAUUCUGGACAGUGGGGCUGAAUCCUGGGAAGUACUACUGGGCUCUCACAGACCCACAGACCAGACUGACCAACGUGAGCCCCCCUGAGAGGGUGGGGAUUUUCCUGGACUGUGAGCUGGGGGAGGUCUCGUUCUACAAUGCCCUCGACGGGUCUCACAUCUUCACCUUCCCACACACCCGCUUCUCUGGGCCUCUGAGGCCUGUUUUCUGGAUUUUGACAGAUGAUCCCACUCCCUUGACCAUUUGCCCAGCACAGAAAGCAGUGAGGAGGUCCCUCGUGAUUGUCCCAAAGGCUGACCCUUCCCUGGAGACCCCAGUGGCCCUGGCAUCAGCUGGAGGGAAUGGGGACCCUCAGGCUGAAGAAACUUCUCUGCUUCUGGCUGCCCUGCCUGGAGCUGAGGGCCUCCUGAACAGCAAAAUGUCUCAGUGAGAAAA